AUGUCGAUUAAUGUAACAGAUAGCUCAACUUGUGGGUUUAAGCAAGGUUCACAACUUGCAAAACUAAUGGCAAGAAUGGAUCUAAUAAUUUGGGACGAAGCUCCUAUGACUCAUAGAAAUUGUUUUGAAGCUGUUGAUCGUUCUCUAAGAGAUAUUUUACGUUUUAGUGAUCCACAAAGUGGAGAAAAACCCUUCGGAGGAAAGACAAUUAUUCUUGGUGGUGAUUUCCAACAAAUAUUACCGGUACAGAAUCAUAUCAACAUGACUUACACACCUCUGAAUCAAAUAUCAACUGAGAAAGACUCAUGGAAUGUGAAAGUUAGAAUAAUAAGGAUGUGGGAUGCAGUUAACGUAGCGAAUGGCAAUGAGCUUAUUAACCUUGAUAUGAUAAUGGGAACACUAUUACAUGCAUGUAUUAGAAAGAAUUUCGCUCAGCGUUUUCGACCUCUCUUCAAUGAAGGAUGUAUUUAUGCGGUCAAAAAUUUUAUAGUCGAGGAAUAUAGAGCGAAGUAUCGUCCAGUGCAUAACCAUGUUAAACUUCUUUUUAUGUCGACAACAUCAGUCUCUAAGAUUCAUGGAGUAGAUCAUUCCAUACCUCAACAUGGAUUUAAGUUGGCUGAUUAUGAAACCAUAACGAGUCGUUACAAUGACGUUACUUAUUUGACUGAUGUAAUUGGCAGGUUAGAAUCAAUUGGAGUUAUUGAGGAGAUUAAUUCAAAAGCAUUGCAAAUAGAUGAGGAUUUCUAUAAUAAUUAUACAAGGCCAUUCAUUGUAAUAGUAACUUCAACUACUGUGAAAACUUUCAGAGACGAAUACAACUUAUCAUCAACAAGCGCAACAAGGGUGUACAUCAACCUUAAAAUACCUGAAGUUUCCAGAGUUCUUGACAAGUUGAACAAUGUCACGAUAACGGAAGUUAAGGAAUUGAAGAAAGAACGGCCACCAAUUAUACCAGACAAAGAACUAGCCUUGCAUAAUAGAAAGACUAUUGCUGAAAUAAAACAAAUGGAUUGGAAACCAGAGAUAAAGGAAGUAUUAAUUACAUGUUUAUGCAAUGUCAAUAGAAUAGACACCAAGUUUGGAUGGUAUAAGAUACAAAUAGAAGUAUUCGAUACAACUGAUUCAACAACAUUUAUUGUGUUUGACAAAGAGGCUGAACAACUUAUAGGCAAGACAGCGAAGGAACUUGCAAACAUGCAAGAUGAGGAUUUGAAGGACAAUAUGUUACCAAGAGAAAUUGAAACAAUUGUUUCCAAAUAA